CUUAAAUGUAGACUCUAUCAGCUAAAUUAAGUAAAUUGAAAUGCUCUCUUCACAAAGAGCAUUCUUAAUCGAUAGCUGCAGUUUGUUUAUCUGAAAAUUGUUAAGAACCCAGGAGGACACUCUGUUCAUUUUGUAUAUUAUAUAAUCACAGAGGACAUUAAAUUUUUUAAUUAGCUGAGCUUGGGAAUAUGAUUUAAGAAGGACUCUAAGAAUAUCAAAAUAAUGUUUUAACUUAUGCUGCCAUUAAUAUAAAAGAAAUAAGUAAUUGCCUAAAAUUGAUGACUUAGAAAAUUAUUUAAUUACAAACGCAUUUUAAAGAAAUAAAAUAAGGAAUCAAGGAAGAAUCUUCAAUAGAGCUUAUUUAUAAGCAAUUAUUUAUUAACUAAAUUAAAAAAGAAUAAGAACUAGAAUCCAUAGUUCUUUAGUUAAAGCAACUAUUUGAAAAUCAUUAAUUUAAGCAGCCACCAAAUAAAAAUUACUAAGAAUUAUUUCUCUUAGGUAAGUAGAUAUCUUUGAGUACAACUUUUUUUUUAGGAACCUAGAUAUUGAAUUAGAAACUAGAAUUGAGUUAAUAAUAAUAUCAAAUUGCAAAUCGCUGUACACAAAAUAUCAAAGAACUUUUCAGAUAGCUGAAUUCUAAUCUUUAAGCUGAUUAUUCCACUAUUUGUAGCUAGCAAGAUAUAUAAUUACAAUCAAUAGAUGCGAGCACUUAAACUAAUUUAUUAAUUUAAAAUAAUUCUCAAUUAUAAAAACCUGUUUAGCUUGAUUAAUGUUUAUAAUACAAUUUAGGUGUGUUUUUGAAUUUAAGUGAACACAUACUAUUAUCAAAUGGGUUUAGUAAAAUAUAUGAAAAACCAACUACGUUUCCAUUUACUGAAGAAUUAUUGGAAAAGCUUAGGUUUGAUUGUUAAGAAAAUACAAUUAUUUGUCUGGGAGGGAUAAAAAAUAUAGAAAGGAAUAAAUUGAUAUUGUGUGCUAUCGAUUUUGCAUAAGAAUUAUUUAUAAUUACAAAAGAUUCAUUGAAAUCCAGAAAAAGCUAAAAUGCUGAUAUAUUUUGGUAUCAUUACAAAAAUAGAUGUUUUGGGUUCUCUAAAAAUGAAAAGAUUAGUGCCUCAAAUGCAACAGCUGAUGAAAAUUAAAUAUAAGCUGAAUAUAGAUUUUCUGCAUGGUUGGAUGGAGACAUUGGUUUUAGAAUUGGAAACAAUAAAAAUUUAAAGUUCAGCAAUGAAUUUAGUUAUGUAAUUUAUAAGAAAUUUUGA